AGAGCCACACUCUGACAGAUUCACCUGCAAGAGCUGUUGCAGUACAAGAGGCAGAAUCCAGCUCAGUUCUGUGCUCGAGUUUGCUCUGGCUGUGCUGUGCUGGCUGUUCUGGGACACUAUGUUCCAGGGAUUAUGAUCUCCUACAUUGUCUUGCUGAGUAUCCUGCUGUGGCCCCUGGUGGUUUACCAUGAAUUGAUCCAGAGGAUGUACACUCGCCUGGAGCCCUUGCUUAUGCAGUUAGACUACAGCAUGAAGGCAGAAGCAGACGCCCUGCAUCACAAACAUGACAAGAGGAAGCGGCAAGGAAAGAAUGCACCCUCGGAAGGUGAUGAGCCACUGGCUGAGACGGAGAGUGAAAGCGAGGCAGAGCUGGCUGGCUUCUCCCCAGUGGUGGAUGUGAAGAAAACAGCACUGGCUUUAGCUAUUACCGACUCAGAGCUGUCAGAUGAGGAGGCUUCCAUCUUGGAAAGUGGUGGCUUCUCCGUGUCUCGGGCCACAACUCCACAACUAACAGAUGUCUCUGAGGAUUUGGACCAGCAGAGCCUGCCAAGUGAGCCAGAAGAGACCCUAAGCCGGGAGCUGGGGGAGGGAGAAGAGGCAGAGCUGGCUCCUUCUGAAGAUCUGCUAGGUGCCUCUCAGGCCCUCUCAAAGCAAGCCCUGGACUCGGAAGAGGAAGACAGAACAGUCAAGGAAACCUUGCUUCGGCUCUCAUCCCCUCUUCACUUUGUGAACACGCACUUCAAUGGGGCAGGGUCCCCACAGGAUGGAAUGAAGUGCUCUCCCGAAGGACCAGUGGAGACAUUGAGCCCAGAAGCAGUGAGUGGUGACCUUGAGGCUCCACCCAGCAUCCUCUCACCCCCACUUUGUCUUGCUGAAAGUGGCCCAGUUCCCUUCCUCUCCCCCCCUGUACUCCCACCCUUUCCCCAGGACUCAACCCAACCCCUGCCUUCCCCUGAGGAAGAAGAGGCACUUACCACUGAGGACUUUGAGUUGCUGGAUCAAGGGGAGCUGGAGCAGCUAAAUGCAGAGCUGGGCUUGAGGCCAGAGACACCUCCCAAGCCCCCUGAUGCUCCACCUCCUCCUCCCCUAGGGUCAGACACCCAUUCUUUGCUACAGUCAGACCAAGAGGCUCAUGCUGUAGCCGAGCCAUUAGAAGGAGCUGCAGGCACAGUAGGGCUUUCUGGAUAGGGAUGUGACAUUUUCUUCUCUCCCUACCACUUGGGAUGGAGGGAUGCAUGGGGAAGCUGGCUGUCUGAUGGUAGCCAGCCCACCCUCUGCCUGCCUGCCUGCCUGCUGUCUUGGGCCUGGUAUAGUACCUGGGCCUAGGAUAGGUUUUAAGUAUGUAAAUAAUUUUCCAUUUGGGUUAGUGGAUGUAAUCAGAGCUAGGGAAGUCCUUCCCGCAGCCUGUACUUGCCUCCCUGCCUUAUCUCUGUCAUUCCACUAUGUUCCAAGCCCUGGUGGUCUGCCCUUUCUUUUUCUUCCUAUCCUCAGGGACCUGUGCUGCUCUGCCCUCGUGUCCCACUUGGCUGUUUAGUUCCAGCACUUUAUAAUUUUUCUCUCCUGUCCCAUGUUCCCCUCAGCUUUAUAUCCUGCUGUGUCCUGUCCUUAGCAGCUCAACCCCUACCCUAGCCAGCUCCUCCUCCCCACAGGCACAAGCCAAGCUUUAGGGCAGCUUCUGGUCUGGGAAGAGUAACCUGGGUGGCGGGUCAGCCCAGUAGUUCUGCUCUUUAAGUCACUGUUGCCUCUAACCUGCACUGCACCCUUGCCCAGUUCAACCCUCAUGAUGCAGGAGAGCAGGGUCCCACAGCACUUUGACCAGAGCUGAGGUUGGUGACAAUGCACACUGUCUUGUUGACUGAGAGACAUCCUAAGGAAGGAGCAAACCUCCUCUGGACUCCCUGCUAGGGUCAGGAAGUGGAUAGUAAUAUCUGUGUAGGUGUUGACUUGAAAAAAUAAAAAGUGUUGAUUGGCUAGAAGUGCUGCCUGCUUCACUGUGAGCUGCCCUCCCACACUGUGCACUUUGUCCUCUCCUCGCUCUUACCCUCAUCCCAGUAUUGCUCCUGGCUAUUCACCUUGGUGCAGAACAAGACCAGAAGCAAGGAUUGCCCUGAAAACCCUAACUGCCUCUCAGUGAUCUUUCCUGACUGUGACAUGUUUAGUGAGACUUAGCAUGUGCGAAUAAAGUAUGUGCAGGAGGAAA